AUGGGGAUGGAGCCCAAGCCGCAGCCAGUCCCUCCAGUGGUGGAACCGGUUUCCUUAGAUAUCCGGCAAGCCUUGGGCCGCAGUGUCACCCUUCGCUGCUCCAUGCUAAAGGGGAACCCUAUGAAAGUGGCUACAGCUGUCUGGCGAAUCAAUGGAAGUCUGUUGACUGUGCCUCCUGUAGAGCAACAGGAGUACUCUGAAUAUAAGAUGGACAAUGUGAGCCGGGAGACUAGUGGCAACUAUGAAUGCAGCAUCUCCAAUGAUGUCGGAGUGGCAACCUGCCUCUUCCAGGUAUCUGCUAAAGCGUAUAACCCAGAGUUUUAUUAUGACACCCCUAACCCCAUCCGGAAGCAAUCCAAGAAUUACUCCUAUAUCUUGCAGUGGACACAAAAGGAACCUGAUGCUGUUGAUCCCAUCCUGAGUUACAGGCUGGAUGUCCAGCAGCUGAAUCACAGGCCCUUGCCUCCCAAAUAUAUUCCUGUGAAGAAGAUGGAGAAGGGCAUGCUGCUAGAGCACCUCCUGAUUGACCUGAAGGUGCCUCAUAGUUAUGAGGUUCGAUUGACACCUUUGACCCGCUUUGGGGCUGGAGACAUGGCUACCCGUAUCAUUCGCUACACAGAACCACUCAGCUCCCCCAACCCAGUAGAUAACACCUGCCACUUUGAGGAUGAGAAGGUCUGUGGUUACACACAAGACACAACAGACAACUUUGACUGGAUUCGACAGAGCAGUCUUACCUAUGAUCCCAAGCGCACUGCCAACACAGGUCCAACAAUGGAUCUCAGUGGCACACAAGAAGGCUAUUACAUGUUCAUUGAAGCCUCCAAGCCCCGGGUGAAAGGAGACAAAGCCAGGUUAAUCAGCCCGGUGUACAAUGUUACUGCCAAAUUCUGUGUCUCCUACUACUACCACAUGUAUGGAAAGCACAUUGGCUUCUUAAAUCUCUGGGUUCACGUGAAGAAUAAGCAGCCCACUCUAGCCUUGUCACUCAGUGGGAACAGAGGAAAUACCUGGCAACAAGCACAUGUACCUAUCAACCCUGCAGGACCUUUCCAGAUCAUCUUUGAAGGUGUCUGUGGCUCAGGCUUCGAGGGAGAUAUUGCCAUUGAUGAUGUAACCCUUAAAAGGGGGGAUUGUCCAAGAAAGCCAAUUGUCCCAAAUAAAGCAGUUGCCCUUCCGGGGAACGGCGCCCUCCCCCUACACAAAUCUUCACUCUAUGGGCUGCUACCUUCCUUCCUUUAUGUGCUGCUCAGAUGAUAGCAAGCGAUGGCUCCUGUCUUCUAACCGAGACAUUCCUCCUCCUUUCCUAUUUGGUCACCUCUGCUCCUCUUCCUCUCCCUCCUCACUGGCACACCAAAGUGUCCAUACGUUACCAAAGACUAACAAGCAUGACCACGCGAAGGGGAUCCAGCUCAGAGCCUGAAGGAUUCCUGGAGGAAGUCAUAAAGUGUGAGAACAAACAAACAAACAAAAAAGAAUAAAAACAAAAAAGUACAAGAGACAGAGAAAGUGGGAGGAAACAAUGGAAAGAAGAGAUAUAAAUGCUGGAUUGAAAGGCAAAGAUGAGAAUGGAAAAAGAUAUUUAAAGGAUGAAUGAAAUGAAAAAAGCCACGUUUCCUUAGGAACGGUGGAUGGGACUUCCUCAGGGAAGUGGGAACUUUGUUUUAAACAAAAACAAUAUAUUAAAGCACAAAUUUCUACCAGAACUGUUACGUUCUUUACUGCGGAGCCACGGUUUAGGAGACCUUCUAGCACAGAGUCUUCCUUCUGGAUGUCUGUGUUAUUACUUUCCCUGACUGUCUCUGGUUACGACCUAUCUGCUGCAGCACCACCUCACCCUUCCAAAAUAACAUCCCACUCGUCUCCAUUGGGGGGGCCACCCCUUCCCCACGUGCUGGUGACCAUAGAACCUUGCCCCCCACCGCUGCAUGUGCUUCAGAGUAUCCAUAUGCAUUUUCAAGAUUAUCACCUAUUUACUAGUCCAUGUGCAAUUUGCUUUGGCCCAUCUGUCACACCUUUUUGCUACCAACUUCAGCUCAAGAAGUAAAGCAGAGGAACAGACACGUUGUGAAGACGGAUGAAAAAAUCUGGGGCAGAUAUUAGCUGCUGGAUCAGCUGUUGACACACACACACACACACACACACCAGUAUUUUUGUUUGUUUGUUUUUGCUUUCUCAAGCUUCACUCAGCUUUCUCCCUUUGCCCUUAGUUCUUUUCACCACCAUGGAAGCAAGCCAGCCAGCACAGGGUCUGAAAAAGAACGCCUUUGGGUUGGGGACCAAGGUGGGAUGAAUGUUGACAUCGAGUCGGUCAGUGUCAAAGCAUGGGCUACAGAAGCCUUGGGGCAAAGAUCUUCUCCUGGUGUUUGUUCUGUUUUCUCUCCCUUUCUAUAACUCUACCCCGGUAGACAGGAUGGGGGGUUUUUUAAUCAGAGAAGGAAUUGUAUACUACCUUCUAUGCCUUGCCCAACUCAUCCCUCAUGACAUCUGAAAUUGAAACUGUUGCUUGUGAACUGUGGCAUUUACCUUGGCACAUUAUUAAUAAUCUGGUGUGGAUGACAUGGUGUUUGGUUUAGUACUGAAGUUGCACUAUGAUAAGGUAGGAGAAACAGGGAACCCUCCAGUGAGAAUUGGGGAAAACAGACUCCAUGAUGUCGAAAACAAACAUGUUCACAGGGAAAAGGAGUGCUGAUAAAGUCAUACCACCACUAUGAGAAAAUAAUAGAGGUCUCAUGAAAGUCAGCUUGUUGUUCUCACCUUGAUCUGGGCCUUAUUGAGCUUGGAGCACUAGGUUUACCUGUACAUUAGGUUGGAUAAUGUCCUCUAUUGUUCUAGCAGGUAACAACAAGGCAGAGUUUUAGAUAAUAAACCGCUGUGCAUAUAUCCCCCAACGUGUGAAGCAGC